CCAUAUCCAGUCCACCACCUUACCCUUUCUAUCCUGAAUGAUUUGACAACCUAUUUUUGAAUUUCGCCUUACCAAAAUCCCCAGACAGAUCGAGAUACGAGUUUUCAUCCGCGCAGCGAGCAAGCCUUGUCGGCUCUCGACUGCCAACAUCACCCGUCACUUCAUUCCUUCAACACAAACACAUACACACAACCACCACGAUGUCUUCACCACCUCCUCCAUCCUCCAAUCCCCUUAAACGCCCCUCCAUCUCUUCCGCCUCCUCCCAACCCCUCGGCAGCCAUCCCAAACGACCGCGCAUGCAUCCCCUCCGCCAGACCUCCUUCCCCAACACCAUCGACGCAGACACGCGCACCUACAGCGACGCCGGCAGCGUGACGGGCAGUUUCACAGGCAGUUUAGGCGGGACCAGCGCAGAUGGCGUCUUUCUCACGAAAGGAAAGAAGCGCGGCCGCAAGAGUAAAGCGGAGAAGGAGCGCGAGAGGGAAGAAGGGAGUCUGCGGGCGGGGAUGGAUCGACUGGGAUCGGUGGAUGCGGAUGGCGCGUCGGUGAGGGGCGGUGCUGGUGGCGGAGGUGCUGGAGGAGGAGGGGGAGAAGAUGCCGAUGAGGAUGAGGAUUUUGAUGAUGAGGGGGAGUUGUUGGGGAGGGAGGAGGGGACGACGGACACGGAGGCGGAGAAGAAGAAUAUGGCAUUGCUGGUGGAUGCAUUCAAUCCCAUCCAGUCGGAACGAUACGAUUUGUUCAAACGAGCCAAGUUACGAAAGGAAACGCUACGACGUAUUGUCAACCAUGCUCUGUCGCAGUCUGUGCCGGCUAGUGUGGUUACCACGAUAAAUGGCUUUACGAAGGUCUUUGCCGGUGAGAUUAUCGAGAAGGCUCGUACCGUGCAGGCUGAGUGGGCUCUUGCUCAUGAUCAGGCGGCUUUGGCUGCCAUUGAAGCUGAACAGGCGGCGACCACGACGACAACGACAACACCUGGGGGUAUAAAGCAGGAGCCCGUGGAGAGGGGGCCUAUGUCUACGCCGGCUGGGAAGAAGGAUGUUAAGUUGCCUCCGAAUCCCCAUCGGGGCCAGUUGCUGCCUUCGCACCUGAGGGAAGCGCUGCGGCGGUAUAAGCGGGAUGGAGAGGGUGGUGGCGUAGGGUUCUCCGGACUGAGUAUGGGGAAUUUGGGGGUAAGAGGGUCGGUCACUUGGUCGGCUGGUAGUGUUGGUGGGCGGCGUAUCUUCCGGUAACUAUUGAUAAUCGGAGCCAGCCAUGGGAGCAGAGUUGAGCGUGGAUAGCAAAACGGUGGCUGAUAAGGACCACGGCUGUGAUGAUAUUGUUUAAUAC